AUGAAAUACAUUUCAGCUUACUUAUUAUGCACUCUCGGAGGUAAUGCUUCCCCAUCCGCUGCUGAUGUCACCAAGGUCUUGACCUCUGUUGGUGUUGAAGUCGACGCUGCUCGUGUUGAUGCUGUCGUCAAGGAACUCGCCGGCAAGGACGUCGCUGCCCUCAUUGCCACCGGUAAGGCCAAGAUUGGUUCUGCUGCUCCAGCUGCUGCCGCUGCCCCAGCUGCUGCUGCUCCAGCCGCCGCCGCUGCUGCCAAGCCAGCUGCCAAGAAGGUUGAAGAAAAGAAGGAAGAGUCUGAUGACGAUAUGGUUAUUCGUCAUGUCACCAAAUUAAGAAAAUGUUCUCCAUUGGAUCAAAAGUAUCGUUUUAGAGCUCGAAAAUUGGAUGAAAGCAUUGAAAAAAUAUCUAGCAAACGCUCGUUAAGAUCGACGAAAAAACAACAAUAUUUCGGUUUUCUUUUGAGCCAAAAAAAACAAGGGCCAUUGUCCUUGGGUACCGCAAAGGAGGACAACUUUGGAGAAAGUUGGCAAAAGAGGAGGUUAGCAAAGAGUGACAACACAUUUUCUCUUUGA